AUGCCGAAGAAUAAGGGAAAGGGAGGAAAGAAUCGUAGAAGAGGAAAGAAUGAGAACGAUUUCAUGAAGCGCGAGCUCGACCUCAAGGAGGAAGGCCAGGAGUACGGACAAGUGUCGAAGAUGCUCGGCAACGGACGCGUUCAAGUGUUCUGUUUCGACGGAAAGCAACGCGUGUGUCAUAUUCGCGGAAAGCUCCGGAAGAAGGUGUGGAUCAACGUCGGAGACAUCAUAUUGGUCGGUCUCAGAGACUAUCAAGACGAUAAGGUGAGCAAUUUCGUGAGAGCUUCACUGACAUUUGUUAUUUUCAGGGAGAUGUGAUCCUCAAGUACACCCCGGACGAGGCUCGCCGUCUCAAGAACGAGGGCUUGAUUCCGGAGAACGCCAAGCUCAAUGAGAAUGACGAGCAAGAUGAGGGAGAGGUCGAAUUCCGUAAGUUUUACCUCGUUUUUCAACUGAAACUGAUGAAUCCGUUUUGAAGUUGACACUGUCGGCGGCGACGAGGAAGCCGAGGGCGAGGAGGACAAGGAUUCCGAAAAGAGCUCGGACAGCGAAUCGGACGAGGAAGAAGGAUCGGAGAAGGAGGGAGGGUCGGACGACAGCUCGGACGAGGAGGAUUCUGAUGAUUCCGACGACUCGGACAACAUAAGAGAAGAGGACUUGGCUGCGGGACGUGGAUUCAAGGAAGACACUCGUCGUGUUGGAAACCGCGGCGGGAAGAACAAGUACGGAAAGAGGCGCUAA